AUGGCACUCAAACGCAAUCGCGCCGCACUCGAAGCCGAUCUUCAGGCGCAGCAAUCACCAUACGCGUUUUUCGGAACCCCGCUACCACCACUUGACGACAGUGUUCGUGAUGAUGGCUCGUUUGUUCCGAUCUGGCAGCAAGAUGUGAGAGAUGAGCAAGGAAGGAAGCGCCUUCAUGGUGCCUUCACAGGAGGUUUCAGCGCAGGAUAUUUCAACUCCGUCGGCUCGAAAGAAGGAUGGACCCCUGCGACCUUUGUCUCGUCUCGUCAGAAUCGCGCCAAGAAGGCAGAACAGCAACGGCCUGAGGAUUAUAUGGAUGAAGACGACAUACGGGAACAAGAAGAGUCAAAACACCUCCAGACUGCGGACGGAUUCGCAGGCUUCGGAACUACGGACAACGAUGCCACUCGCAAGGCAGGGCUUAUGGACAUAUUGAAGACCGGGGAGAGACCAUGGAUGGGAUGGCGCGAAGGCCAAGGAAUCGGGCCAAAAGUGCGGCGCAAGGCCAACUUGGAUGAGAGCUCUGCACCCGGUGCCGACGAAGAGACCUACCUGUUUGCGCCUGAAAAUCCGCCCAUGGUAGCAUUCGUGCGCAAGACCGAUCGCAAGGGUCUCGGCUUUGAGGGUGAAGCGCGCCUAGAAUCGCAUCCACCUACUCAAGGCAACAAUGAUUCCGAGGAGAAAGACUCUUUCUUCGGUGGGCGUCUAGCUAUCCAAGACAAACCCGCAUCGUCGAAACAAAAAGAUUCACGCCGAGGAGGAUUUGGCGUUGGGCCACUCAACGACACAGGCUCCGAUGAUGAGGACCCAUAUUCUCUCGGCCCACAAAUAUCAUAUAACAAGACAAUUGGGGGCGACAAGAAGAAAAAGAAGAAGGGCAAAACGGACGAUGGGAAACCAAUGAUUGCAUCAUCCAAUCCCCUUCUAAACUCGAAGCCCGUGUUCAUAUCGAAGAAGUUGGCAGCUUCAAGGGGCACUGGUGGGUUCAGGAAAUGCCGAGAUGGGCGUCUUCCGCUGGACGGGUUCGUCCUCGCCGACGGCAUUUCAGGCUUAUCCAUCUCUGAGAAGAAAUAUGACCCCCCUACAAUACCCAGUGAUUGGAAAUCCGCCAAGGAAGUCUCGUCAGAAAAACAAGAUCGAUCGAGCUUCGUCUCAACAGCGGACGCCGCUAAAGCCUCGUCACUCAACCCUACAUCAAGAGCAGCACUCCUGGGCGAGACCCAACUGCCUGGCAAGUCCAUCUUUGAUUGGAUGACGCCUGAAGCCAGAGCCAAAAUUGCCAAACUUACAGGAAACACCAACUUACCACCGGCUAUGGGGGAGAAAGCACCAAAAGGAUAUGAACUCCCAGAAUCGCAAAAGCGGAAAGAUCUCUGGGACCUUGUGCCAAAACUCGACAAACAAAUUGCCGCCCAAGCACUGGCUCGUGGCGUGGGUGGGUGGAUGCCGUAUCAAGAGGACGAAACCAAGCGAGCCCGCUACCGGGUAUUUCUGGAGGUCAGCGCUGGAACUCGCACAACUCUCCCAGAGAGGGUUGACGGGUCCAGCACCAAUGAGUGGGUGACAGAAAUGCAAGAAUUCGUUAGGGCGGCUGAGGUGUUCAAACCUAUGUCUGGUGUCAUGGCAUCUCGCUUUACGUCUGCCUCCUCCGCCCCCAAGGCAGCCUCGGAUACCCCAGACUCCGCCGAUUCUCUGCUCAGCAAGCCCGCCGAAAAACCAGACAGCCCAGCGGUCGCCGCCGCUAAGAUGGGCAUGUUUGGACAUAUGACCCGAAGCACAGUCGACUUCUACCCAUCUCGACUACUAUGCAAGCGCUUCAAUGUCAAACCGCCCUCGAAUGUACAGUCGGACCCUGGAGAACAACCCGGUCCCACUUCUUCUGGACCAGCCUCUUCUGGGCCCGGAACCCGUUUCCAAUCCGGCGGAUUCCAGGCCGAUGCAGGUCCCAAGGAAUUAGUGUCACAGGACGUGAUGAAUCAACUCCUGAUCGACUCUCUGGGUUACCUGCCUAAUGCAAAUGGCGCGGAUCCAUCCAAAGGGGGUAAGCCAGUUGAUGCGACACCAACUCCAGUUAUUGAGCCGGAGCGGAACGAAGCCCUAGAAGCAGAGCGGCCUGGUGAAGCUGUCUUCAGAUCAAUUUUUGGGGACUGA